AUGGAACACGGGCGAACACCACGCAUCGGCGAUAUCCGCCGAUUCUUCCUACCGCGGUCGGCAGAUGGCGCCUCUCAGGUACCAGCAGCACGGACCACCGCAGCAGCAGCAGGCGGCACCUCCACACAAACAGCAGCAGCAGGAGCAAAGAAAGCACCACUCGGUGCUGCAUUGACACCUGCUGCUGCUCUUCCGGCAGCAUCACGUGAAAGUGCUGGUGCUGAUAAGCAGAAGGCUGCAGGUGCUGCGCGCGAGGAAGCAGCGGACAGCACAAAGGCGAGCAGCAGCAGCAGCGGUAGCCGCAGCAAAAAAGCCGCAGCCUUCCCCAAGAAGCGCAAAGGUGCAGCAGCAGCAGCGGAUGGCUUUAGCGGCGGGCAGCAGACAGAUGCGUUGUUCACGUCCGCUGGUGACGCGGCUUCAGCCAUCGAUGUGGACGUCUCGUCUCCCACGAGAGCAGCGCGCCUGACUCCAGGAAAAGCCAGGAAACAGCAGAAGCAGCAGCAGGAGCCGCCGCAGGAGCGCGGCGCAGAACAAGAGACGGUCCAUUCUCCGCAGGGCCACGGACAGGAGAAGAGGCUGAAGCAGAAGCAACAGCAGGCGUGCAAGAGCAAGCCACCACGGGAGAAAGCAGAGACGACCGCCGAGGGAGAUGGAAAUCCCAG